CCUACCUACCUGCCUACCUACCUACAUAGUAGAUAAAGGCACCCAUCGCAGCGGACGGGCUCGGAAAACAUCCCGUUAUUUAGCCACUUCUACUGCGCGACCCAGUAAAUCGUUAGCAUGCCUCUCGUUAGUGCCCGGGGACCUAGCUCAAGGCUUAGCUGGGUACAUAAUCAACUCUUCCUCCCGAGGACGAUGACGGCUGUGACCUUGACGAGACUUUGGAGUAUCCUGCGUCGCGAUCCAGCCUCCUCGCGGAGAUCAUAUUCCUGGUCUUUAUCUACCAAUCCGCUAUUCAUCCCUUCUUCCAUCCUAAGUCUUGGUCGAAAGCGGGCCGGGUCCGGUUUCCAGAAGUCUUGCUUGAUUCUACCAUCUCGUCACCGUCCUAAUAUUAGCGGUUUCCUAAACAGACAUGGGUUCAGACGAGUCUGACUUCUACGGCGACGACGACACCGUGGCGGAUCUCAAGGCCGAAGUGAAAACGUUUGACGUCAAAGCUUGGUGGGCGGAGUAUGGCAAGGUCGACACACCUCUAAAGCUUCAGGCUGGAAAGCAGCCGACGGUUGACCUCUCCCGCUGGCAUAACCCUUACGCUGGAGUGGAGCAUGCUUGGCAACAUACCGAGACAGUCGAGGAGUUUUUAAAGCGACUUCCCCCGGCAACAACAGAGCAGACACCGUCGAACUCUUGGGUCUGGAUCUAUAACCCGUAUAUCAAGCACAAGAAGAAGAGCGAAGCGGACAAUGAGAUGAUCCGUGGCGGUGAGGACGAGGUCCCCGAGGCGGAAGGGGCAGACCUCUCUCGGGUUGUUGCAGGAGGGAUGGAAAGACUGCAUUUCGCGUCCGACUAUAUCGAUAUGUGCAAGAAAUCCAGCGACGAUCUGGAUUACAUCGCUCGAGAAUGCCGAAAAGCAGGCUUGGACGCGGCGAAGGAUAUUUUAGAUCUCGCGAAAGCACACCAUGUGACAUGCGGAAAAUGGAUGCUCUUCUGUUCCGCCUUCCAGGUCAACGAAGUAUGGGGUAUCAUCGCCAACGCGACGGCUAACAAUGAGCUCGGGAUCGCUGCCAAGGCCGCGCUGCGGUCGACGGAUGAUCCCAGGACAUAUCAACUCAUUUGCGUCUACACUGCCGAUUUUAGCGACGCCAAGGACGUCAAGAGAGUGGCCGAAAAGUUGAAGCAGCUCGGGCUUGUGCAACCGAGAGGGCGACCGCUGUACUACAAACCCGAUGUGUACACGUACCUAGGCAUUGCCCAAGGUAAUCCUUGGGACAUAAAGGCCUCUAUAUAUGACACGACAUCCAUGCUCGAGAAACGUAGGGAAAGGUGACCAAGACGGAAGAGGGCAAUUUUUAUGAGCGCUCAUGGGAUAAUGACUGGAUGAAUCGAAAAACGCGCCUGAUGGUCGAAGGUCUGCUUUCAAGAUAAUGCUGGCCCGGAAACCCCCACAAUAAACAUCCCAAAGCCUGUCAGUAGCCCCUUCUAGUACUGGCAAUGCAUUGUCCCUCCGCGGCAUGCUUGUCUUGAUAUUGAUCCAUUCCCCGAUGCCUUCUGCCAGGGCGCGAUCAUAACCCAACCAGUCUAACAUCCUUACCGGAGUAUCCCCUAGGCGUCGCCAGACACGGCGCGGAGGGUAUGCCUCUCUUCCACGCUCGCACAACAGCUUAAAGAGCAGCCUGCCUCAGAACAGAAAUGGGGCUGCCGGGCUAAUCCGAGAACUCAACGAUAUAC